AUGGACAGUUUGUCUUUGCUUGAGGCUCAUGAAGUUGUAGCCAUGUUGAGAGCGGGUUCUGUGUCGCCAUUGGAACUGAUCGAUGUGGUGGAACGCAGAAUUUCUGCCACAGAACCACUUGUUCAUGCUACACCCAUCACCUGUUUCGAACGCGCAAGAGAAAGGGCGCAGCAAUUGGAAAAUUCGCCCCCUCAGACUGGUCGAGGAUUUCUGCAUGGUUUGCCAGUUCUGAUCAAGGACACUCAUGCAGUGGAAGGGGUGCGGUUCACUGAAGGCAGUCUCCUACACGCAGAGCGUAUCGCAGAAGAGAAUGCGCCUUUGGUCGCCCAGCUGGAGUCCAAAGGAGCGAUCAUCGUUGGCAAGACAAACGUGCCCGAAUUCUGCGCAGGCUCACAAAGCUUCAACUCCAUCUUUCCCACCACGGUUUCACCUUGGGAUAUUCGUACCACUGCUGGUGGCAGCAGUGGUGGAUCAGCUGCCGCCUUGGUGAGUUACCAGUGUUGGUUGGCCACGGGCACUGACCUGGGUGGAUCCUUGCGGAUUCCGGCGGCCUUCUGCGGGGCAGUGGGCUUUCGGGUGUCGCCUGGACGGACGCCUGGGCAAGGCUACGGACCGUUGCUGGGGCUGCAUGGGAUUGCUGGACCCAUGGCAAGGAGCAUCAGAGAUGCCGCGCUAUUCUUGGAUGCCAUGGAAUCCAAUACAGGUUGGGAUAACGUGGAGCCUCACAGUCCCAGUGAAGAGACCUUUGAAGCUGCCGCUAUUUUGGGAGCAACACAAGGAGUUGAAGGUUUGGGUCUGAAAGUUGGAUUUUCGACAGUGGGCUGCAAGUAUUCUCCGGAUGUAGAAGCUUUGUGCCGGAAGGCCGCGCAGCUGAUGAACAACAAUCGUGACGUUCUUGAAGUUGGCGAGGACAUGGUAGAUUCCGUGCUUGCCCGGCGCAUCUUCCAUGCCUUGCGAGCAGAGCAACUUGCUGCAAAGUAUGGCGACAAACUGGCGGAUCCCGCCACUCGCGCCCUGGUGAAACCAGAAUUGCAGUGGAACAUUCUGCAGGGGCAAGGGCCCGACAUCCAGGAGCGUGCCGAGGAGGCUCGUGGGGAGCUGCGACAGCUGCAGUCGCAGGUGCAGGAGAUGUUCAAAUCCGUGGAUAUCCUUUGUGUGCCAGCUACGAUGGAUGCGGCUUUUGAUGCUGAAGUUCGAUACCCUACAAAGCAGAUAGAUCAGAGCUUCUCUAAUUAUCUUGGCUGGAUGAUGCCUGCGGCCACAGUGUCGGUGUUUCUAUGUCCAGCUGUGGUGUUGCCGUGUGGCUUCCUAGAGGAUGGUCGCCCUGUGGGUCUCCAAGUGCUGGCCCCGUACGGUGCAGAUGCCACGGUGCUGCGCGCCGCGGCAGCACUGGAGCAGUGCUUGGCGCUGCCCAAAGGCACCGAACCGCAGAGUGGGACUGCGGAGCUUAGAACCGAGGGACCCAGGUUGCUACCGACGCUGUGUUUCCAGUUCCAAACGAUUGUGCAGGUUCCGACACGUUCCAAGGGUCGACUGCAGAGGAAGCUGCUAAGCACCAUGGCAUUGAAUAGGUCCACGGUACCCCAGCCAUGGCCCAGCUCUCUCACAUGGAGACUGGUCUGGUUAUUCGUGGGAGAAACUGUGCCCACGCAGCGCCUGGCAGCUGGUGACAGCCAACACCCUGCAGCGCCAUGGAAGGUGGUGAAAAAGGACAAGCGCAGCGAGAUCACGGGCGCCAGCCACGGUAUUGGGCAAGCGCUGGCCUUGAAAGCUGCUGAGCUUGGUGCUGCUGAGCUCAUCCUGGUGGACCUGGAUUCCAUGGACCUUGUGGCCAAAGAAGCGCAGACCAUUGGAGCCAGUGCAGGACAGGACUUGCGGGUUUCUACCUACAAGGUGGACGUGAGACUGGAGGAUGCGGUGGCCUCCCUUUGUGCCAAAAUCAGCAUGCCGCACUCGCCGCAAGUGGUCCUACUUUCUGCAGGGGUCGUUGCAGGACAGCCCUUCCUGCCUGGGCCUGAGCAGACUCUGUCUGCGAAGGACCUACGAAGGACCAUGGAAACCAACUUUCUGGGCAGUGCGUGGUUUGCCCAGCAGCUGUUGCCUGGAAUGCUGCAGCAGCCUGGUGCACUUGUCUUCAUCUCGUCGAUGAUGGGCGUUCUGGGCAGCGCACGAUUGUCUGACUAUUGCGCCUCUAAGUGGGCGCUCUUGGGCUUCUCCGAGUCUCUGCGCUUGGAGCUGCGAGCGAGACAGUGCGGACGUGUCGGCAUCAUGGCCGUUUGCCCCUACCUGGUCGACACGGAGAUGUUUCGCGGAGCCUUCGAGGGAGCAGAUCGCUCCACUUGGUUCCGUCGAUGUGUUGGAUGGCUCAGGUCGCUGGUCUUUUCGAAGCUCCACACAGAGGACGUGGCUGCAGCGAUCUUGGCACAGCUGGAUCACGACUUGAGCGAAGUACCGCCACAGUUGUUUCUGCCCUGGCAUGCUGGCUGGGUACCAGUGCUGUUGCGGAGCCUACCAGCGAGCUUGCAGUACAUUCUCCUGGAUCUUGGAGGUGGCUGUUUCGGAAUGGACUCGUUCCAAGGAAGAGUGCCUUGCACAGUGCCCUCCAACUGA